CUGCGGCUGGACUCCGGGUCCCUCCACUUCGCCCUGAGAACGUCACCGCCGGUGGGUGAGCUGCCGCUUCUCCCGGACGCAGGCGCGCAGCGAACCGCACCGCCGAGCCCGAGGGAGGGGUCACGAACUCUGACCCCCGCCUACACAUAAACCCAGCAAAGCUCCUGCGGGCCCUGGGCCUCAGUUCCCCAGCGCCACCCCUGUCCAGCCCAGCGCCGCGGCGGGCCGGAGCAGCGCGGCGGGGAGGCGCGGACAUUUUGAUAAUUAGAUCAUGGCCACCAUAGAAGAAAUUGCACAUCAGAUUAUUGAACAACAGAUGGGUGAGAUUGUUACAGAGCCGCAGACUGGACAGAAAAUCCAGAUCGUGACAGCACUUGAUCAUAAUACACAUGGCAAACAGUUCAUCCUGACAAACCACGAUGGUCCCACUCCGAGCAAAGUCAUUCUGGCCAGACAAGAUUCCACACCAGGAAAAGUUUUCCUCGCGACUCCAGAUGCAGCAGGUGUCAACCAGUUGUUUUUUACAACUCCUGAUUUGUCUGCACCACACCUCCAGCUCUUAACAGAAAGUUCUUCUCCAGACCAGGGACCAAAUAAGGUUUUUGAUCUCUGUGUGGUAUGUGGAGACAAAGCAUCAGGGCGUCAUUAUGGAGCAAUAACUUGUGAAGGCUGCAAAGGAUUUUUUAAAAGAAGCAUCCGAAAAAAUUUAGUGUAUUCAUGUCGAGGAUCAAAAGACUGUGUUAUUAAUAAGCACCACCGAAACCGUUGUCAGUAUUGCAGAUUGCAGCGAUGUAUUGCAUUUGGGAUGAAGCAAGACUCUGUUCAGUGUGAAAGAAAACCCAUUGAAGUCUCACGAGAAAAAUCUUCUAACUGUGCGGCUUCAACAGAGAAAAUCUACAUCCGGAAAGACCUUCGAAGCCCAUUGGCUGCAACGCCUACGUUUGUAACAGACAGCGAGACUGCGAGGUCAGCAGGACUGUUGGAUUCAGGAAUGUUCGUGAAUCUUCAUCAGUCUGGAAUAAAAACCGAGUCAGCUGUGCUAAUGACGCCAGAUAAGGCUGAAUCGUGUCAGGGAGACUUAAGCACAUUGGCCAGUGUGGUCACGUCAUUAGCAAAUCUUGGAAAAGCUAAAGAUCUUUCUCAAGGUGGCAGUGGCUUACCCAUGAUGGAAAGCUUAAGCAAUGGUGAUACAUCCUUCUGUGAAUUUCAUCAAGAUAUUCCAACCAAUGGUGAUGUGUCAAGGGCAUUUGACACGCUUGCAAAAGCAUUGAAUCCUGGAGAAAGCACAGCCUGUCAAAGCUCAGUAGAGGGCAUGGAAGGAAGCGUACACCUAAUUGCUGGAGAUUCAAGCAUAAACUACAUCGAGAAAGAGGGGCCGCUCCUCAGCGAUUCACAUGUAGCUUUCAGGCUCACCAUGCCUUCUCCUAUGCCUGAGUACCUGAAUGUGCACUACAUUGGGGAGUCGGCCUCCAGACUGCUGUUCUUAUCAAUGCACUGGGCACUUUCCAUUCCUUCUUUCCAGGCACUAGGGCAAGAGAACAGCAUAUCGUUGGUAAGAGCAUACUGGAAUGAGCUUUUUACUCUUGGUCUUGCCCAGUGUUGGCAAGUGAUGAAUGUAGCAACUAUAUUAGCAACGUUUGUCAAUUGUCUUCACAGUAGCCUUCAACAAGAUAAAAUGUCACCAGAAAGGAGAAAAUUGUUGAUGGAGCACAUCUUCAAACUACAAGAGUUUUGUAACAGCAUGGUUAAGCUCUGCAUUGAUGGACAUGAAUACGCCUACCUGAAGGCCAUCGUACUCUUCAGUCCAGACCACCCAGGCUUGGAAAACAUGGAACAGAUUGAGAAAUUUCAGGAAAAGGCUUAUGUGGAAUUCCAAGAUUACAUAACCAGAACAUAUCCAGAUGACACCUAUAGGUUAUCUCGACUACUACUCAGACUGCCAGCUUUGAGACUGAUGAAUGCUACCAUCACUGAAGAGCUGUUCUUCAAAGGCCUCAUUGGGAACGUACGAAUUGACAGUGUCAUCCCACAUAUUUUAAAAAUGGAGCCUGCAGAUUACAACUCUCAAAUAAUUGGUCACAGUCUUUGAAAACUGAGAUCACAGUCCUAUAAACUCAAAUUUAUUGUUCCUUCUCGGGACACAAGAAGAAACCAAAUUGAACUGAUUGCUUCCAGGGCAUCUGGAAAUGUUGACUUUAACAAAUAACCAAAAUUCAAGGUAUUUUUCUUUUGGUUUCCUUGAGAAGAAUUUUUUUAAGUGACUGGGCAGCCAUCAGGAAUAAGAUUUCCUUGCCUGUCCUGUGUAAGUGAAUAUAAAAUGGUAUGAAUUUAUUCUUGGUGAAUAUAGCACCUAAAACUGUCUCCUCUUGACCAUUUAAACUUUCUCAUUCUAUUUAAUAAAACAAAUAAAUUGGUCUUUUUUUCCCUGAAUUGUGUUCCAUUCAAUAUUUAAUUUCAUUUGAGGUAGCAUACCAUGACCAACACACCUAAGCAGAACUUCCUUCUGUUUUAUUCUUCCACAAUGUAAUCAUUUUAAUUACCAUGUCAAAAGAUUAUUUUAUGCUCAAUGAUAUAAUAUUAGAAGUAUAGGAAAUAAUAAAUGACUAUAUAUUUUUGGCUUUUAUAAAUAUCAAGGUGCCCUUUAGCCUAGACCACUCAUUGCUGGCAGUGAGACAAAGGCUGUUUGCAAUUUUCAGUGUUGUAUAUUAUUAGUUAGAAGCACUUUUUAUUUAUGUGGCAGAAAAUUGGUUUUGAGGCUAGAUGGGGAAUCUUGUUUUAAUAUUUUGGGUUUACUGUGUUUUAAACAUAGUAAAGACUGAGCCCAGAAUGUUUCAGUAUUUUAGAAUAGGUAUUAAAAUUGUUGCUUGGGGCUGAAGAGAUGGCUCAGUGGUUAAGAGCACUGACUGCUCUUUCAGAGGACCGAGGUUCGAUUCCCAGCACCCACAUGGUGGCUAAUAACCGUCCAUAACUACAGUUCUAGGGAAUUUGACACCCUCUUCUGACCUCUGCAAGCAUUGCACAACAUGUGUGCACUUACAUACAAGCAGUACACUCAUACACAUAAAAGUAAUGAAGUAUAAAAAAUAAAUAAAAUCAUUGCUUUUGCAUUCCACAGAAAGCCCCUGAUCUUUGUCUCUUCUCUGAUCUGGGUUUUGGUCAUUUAUAUUAGAUUGUUCAAAAGACUCACCCAUUUUGUUAAGUAAUGGAAUUAUCGUAGCUUAUCGGUCUUCACAAUGAAUUAAAUAAUUAAUUUAAAGCAAUUGAUCAUUUUUAAAGAUGAUAUGCACUGAUUUUUUUUCCUGUAAAGUGGAGGAAGGCUGCAAACCAGUGUAAGGAGUGGUCUGAACCCUCGUUAUUGCUACAACUUAAGCAUUUUAGACUCCUCAGUCUUCCACAUUAGUGUGACAAGAAGCCAAUUACUGUUGAAUAUUUCUUUGCUUCAAUUGCAUAAUGAAUUCUUUUGGUAAAUCUAUUCCUCACUUUGUUGAUUUGUUUUGCUUUGCUUUGUUUUUAAGACAGAGUCUGACUCUGUAGCCCAGGCUGGCCUCAAAUUUACAGUCAUCUUCCAGCUUCUGCCUUCCAAGUGCUGAAAUUACAGGCUUGCACCCUACUAUUUGUUGAUUUUUAAAACACAAAUAUGGAGAUUUUAAUGCAGACAGAGUACAUUUUUUAUAAAGAUUUUUGCUGAAAUUUUUCUAGGGGUUGGAUUUUACUGAUUAAUUUAUAGUAACAAGAAGUUUAAAAGUGUAAUCUUGCAAACUUUAUCAACUUACCGAGGGAGGUUUCUCCCCGAUUUAAAUUUGACAACAGCUUUGCUUGUAAUUAACUGCUGGGAAAAGCUACAUAGAGCAUAAAAUGCUCAAAUGGAAAAUUUCAGUAGGGCGUGUCCAGCCUGCAGCCUAACAUGUUUAUAGAUGACAAUGUCAUAUCACAAUGUCAGAAGAUUGGAUACCUCUGCUACCUUUAUAAACCCAAGAUAGUAAUCCUAGGAUUCAGAAAAAUAAUCCUUUAAAGCAAUGUAUUAAUGGUCAACUAAGAUGUUUCUUUGAGAUAUUUUUCCUGUUUAAAUUUGUAGUUAUAUUUGGAAGUGUUUUUAAAACUGUAUUAAAAUGUGACUUGCA